AUGCUUUACUCCCUCACUCUGAUUCACCGUGGCGCACACAACGGCACCCGCACUGCCCUCACCACCACCCCUGCAGAUGAUCCCGUGGGCCAUGCGAGGCAGAGGGAGCACACACCGCCGCCUGUGAGCGAGCCCAAGCCCAUCCUGCGAGCGGUGGGGUGCCACAAGGCGGUGGAGUUCAGCGAGGCCCUGCGGGUCGUCACUGAUGAGGCCGUCAACUCGCUCGUGCACCUGCGCGCUGCUGGGGGAGGGGGGGGAGGAGUGGGGGAAGAGGGGGGAGAGGGGGGGUGGAGGGGAAGGGGUGGUUGGAGACGCGGCGGCGUGUGGAGUGGCGGUUUGGGCUCACGCUGCUGCAGCGGUUUGACUACCAGGCCGUGA